AAGACAGCGUGUCGGAAGCGAUUGCAAUGUUUAUUUUCUAGUCAAACGAAACGACAUGAGGAACGUUGCAACAUUAAAUAUAUGUCGUUCAAAAGCACGGAUAUGUGAAUGUUUUUGAGCUGCGGCUGUGUAGGAGUUAAAUUUGAAGUGACAAAUCUGUCCUCGAGAAUCUAGCAACAGUUCAUUGGCGGAGUUUGGUCGGAGUGGGUCGCAAUGAAGGAUUUCUGACGAAUGAACGCAAAAAACUCGAUAAGUGAAGAAAAAACUAGAUAACUAAAGUAAGCCUUAUUUUUGCAAGUGAAACGCCAAACGAUUGAAAUGUUUAGCUUUUUUAAACGAUCGAAGAGUCAAAAAUCAAAACAAAAACACGAUGCACGCUCAUCAAAGGUUGCUAUGCCGAACGCGUGCAUCACGAGUGCUUCGGAGACGCAGCCGCCAACAAUACCAGCAGCAACUCCGAUGCGACUACUCGUCGAUCAAAACGACGUCGUUCGAGAUCGUGAUGAUGCUAAGGUAGGACCCACUACCGACAACAGCGGAAGCGGUGGAGAGGGCGCAAGUGUUAAAAAUAAGCAGCAUCCACCACCAACGGCUGCUUGCUUCAGUCCGAAUGAUAUAAUCCGUGAGAACGGUCGUUCGUUCGACUUUGAGGACGGUACGGGUAGCGUGAUCGAGUUCGCAGACACCACCGAAUCUGACGACGGGAAUGCGAUCAAUGAGUACGAACAACGUGAGGACCACACAUUGCCACCAUUUCAAGUACGGGGGGAAACGAAUCUUCCCAAAUCGGAGCAAUCAACUAGUCACAAUCAAUACGCGAACCUGCUCGAAAGUGCAAUGGCUAAAGGGAAAAACAAACGACGCUAUCAACAGCAGCACCAGAAUGGCAAGAAUUUGCAGCAUCAACAAGGACACAAGCAAACAGGUCAAAAUCAACAAACGACCAAAGGUAACACCUUCCCGAGUGAGCAAACGUGUGCAACAAGCGAAAAAUCCCGCGAAGAAAAUACAGAAAAAGUGAAAGAAGUGAUCAACUUGUCUGAUGUAACGGCGCAGCAUGCUGAAAUUGUAUCCGAUACAAAUGAAAUUAAUGACGAAGAUAAUCAUAGUGAACAUAAUUCUAGCCAAGAGCAAAAAGUGAAAAUCACCACUAAUGAUCCUAAGCCUGAACAACGACCGUGUCUCACGGCCGAUGACGUCAAUGGAAACAACGUCGAAGUUCACGAGGAUAUAAAUAGCACCGUCGUGCGCUCGGAUACCAACAAGCCUUCAAGCUGUGAUCCACCCGAGCACGGUGUGAGUGCAACACCGGAGGAUCCUACUAUCACUACAUCCGUGACAUCACCGUUUCCGUUGACACAGACAACCAACGAGGUUCACGCUGUGGUCGUCAAUGAAACCGGCGUUGAUGAAUUAUUAAAGAGCAUCAUUAACGACUCAGUAUCUUCUCAGUGCCCUGCGGCGGAAGAACAUUCGUCGGUUACUUCUCUCGAGAUUAAAGAUGGUUCGCGCGACCAGACUAGCGGUAGUGAAACUGUAACUUGCGAAGACGUAACAUCGACCAAGGAAAUGGGCCAGCCGCCAAGUAAGCACAGUGAACCUGCUAGCAACAACAGACGAUCGCUCACGCCCAGUCGUCAAUCCUCCAGCCCGGUGUCAGAAAUUCGACCGCGCCAUUUAUCCACAGUGCAACCGAAACAAGAUGCUGCUCGGGACGAUAUUAGCGACGAUCGAGACGUCUUCUACGAAGCGACGGAAUCCUUAUCCCCCGUACCUAACUCCACCCCCGUGGUUAACAGUGACCCGACCGUACCACCGUUCGCCGAAACCAAACCAACAGUGCAAGAAAAGUCUACACUUCCCAAAGCUAUUAUUUCCGCUCAUCAAAGUGAGCCGCGAGUUAGCCCGAAAAAACGAGUAGUGUUUAGUGAUCAGCUCAUAAUAGAUGGGAACUGCUCCCAGGAAUCCGAUUUACGCAACGACGACAGUGUUAGCAGUGCAAGUACCGAGUCACUCCCGAAUGCGUUAAAUUUAGAACCACCACGUUAUGAGCAUGUCGUGAAAAAUAAUGAUGAACAAGUGCAUGCCGAAUCUUUACCGCCUGGUUCAUUUGUGUAUAACCAAAGUGCAAACGAAGUGGUCAGUGCAGAUAACAGCGUUGACCAAAGUGCAUUUAAUUGUGAUAAUAGUGGCAUUUCACCCAGUGUUCCAAUGAUCAUUGCCAAACCGAAACUAAUCGAAUUCCGUUACGAUCGCAGCAAUCCCAGUGCACAGCAAAAUGGACACCGCGAAGAAGAGAAAGAUAAACUGCAGCCUACUGCGAUCAAUGGUGAUAAAGAGUUGAUCGAAAAUGGCACAACCUUAAUCGUGGACGAGAUCAUCAGCCUUCCGGAUGUCGUGCAGCCAACGAACAUCGAGAAGGCGAACAAGCAGCCCUUCAACGCCGUUGAUAAAAUCAACAGUGAAAUGAAAGAGCUAGUAAAUCAGGAAUCGCGUUAUAGCGCUAAACUUGAAGAUGCCGAGAAACGGGCGAGCGAGGCUCAGACCAAGGUGUACGAGCUGCAGCUGCGGUUGGACGAGGUGGAACGUGAAGUUUGCCUGAAAGAAUGCAACGUAGACCGUCUCAAAGCGGAACUGGAUGCUGCGUGCAUAGAAUGUGAGACUAUUCGUGCGCGGAUGUACUCGCAGAGCUCCGAACUGGACUCAUUAAGACUGAAAUUCUCCGAACGGGAGGAUGAGCUAAAUCUUAAGUACCAAAACCUAGAGAUAGAAUACAUAGAGUUAACCGAGAAGUUGAAAGAUGUGCGCCAGUUGGCCCACGAUUUGAACAUGCAGCUGAUCAACGCGCAAUCAGAGUCGGAGCGGCGACAGAAGGAGAAGGACAAACUGGUCCAGGAGCGCGACGAGGAGCAAAAACUGGUCAAGGAAGCGCUCGAGUCCGCAGUGAGGGAGCGGGCGCAGAUCGAUGCCAAGUGGAAGAAUGACUUCGAACAGCUACGGACGGUGCACUCCGACCGGGAGGAGCACCUCAUGGAGGACUGCGAGUGGAAGAUUCGGUCGAUGCAGAAGAACUGCAAGGAAAAGAUAGAAAAGGUGGAGUGCGAACGGAAGAUGGCCUUGGACAAGAUGGCACGGCUGGAGCAGGAGACUAGCAAACAUGUUGAGGAGACCAAACACUUGAGAUCCUACGAAGCUGAGGUGGCUCAGCUGCGAGGAUUGACCUACGACCAGAAGGAAGCCCUAACCACAAUGACGCGUCAAAUGGACCAACUGAGAGCCGACCUGCUGAUGGCCAAUAACAAACUGGAAGCAGAACUUGUGAAAGUUCAGCAAAUUAAAAAUCGCUGUGAAUACCAACUAUGUGAGAAGGAACGGGAGGCACUGAGCCGGAUAGAGAUCGCACGGGGCGAGAUUGCCAUGCAAUGGGAGGAUCGAUUGCUGCACGAGAUGAAUCGCCUGAAGAUGGAACUGGAGCAGAUCUACAUCGAGGAACGGGUUGCUGCGUUGAACAAGUUCAAGCGAGAUGCUUUGGAGGAAACUGAAGCGCUGAAGCACAAAUUCAACAUGCGCGAGAAGCAACUUAAGGAGGAGAUUGAAUCACUGAAAGCCACAGUUCAGGAGCAAAAGCAUGCGAUGGAGGUUGCACAGACUGAGGCCGAUCACAAACUGAUGCAGUCUCGGAUGUUUGUUGAACGAGCAGAUAGGGAGCACGAGGCCAUUUUAGCCAGAGAAGUUUCCAAACGGGAUCAAAUUAUUGACAAUCUGAAGGAACAAUACGAAAAGGAGAAGUACGACAUGGAACAACAUUUCAGCUUGAGAAUCCAACAAGUACAGGAGGAAUUCCAGAGGGAGCUUUCCGACACCACAGAAAUGCUUAAGGCAACACAUAAAAAGGAAUUGGAAAAACAAUGGAAGAGUCUGGUGAACGAAAAGGAAGAAGCAAUGCAGUUGAUGGAAUGUCGACAUCGAAAUCGUCUCGAAGACGCUGAAAAUAAAAUCAGCAUACAAAACAUUGUGGGUGGACCAUCAGCUUUAUCUUCAGCCAAUCGUGAUUUUAACAACAACGACACAAACAGCAGUAUCGAGCAUUGCACACCGCCACUAGGCCCCCUAGCAAACUUCGCGCAUCUGUUGGUGGAGUUUGUCAAGGGCGCCUAUCCGAUGUUUCCGGCACUUGUGAUCUACUACCAAUUCCAUUCCCUCUCUUUGGCUGUGAUUACGUUCGUACUGACACUGGGGCUUAUCGUGUACCUCCAGAUGCGAGUGAUUAAUCGAGAUUGAAGGCACAUUAUUUUAAUGGCAGAUGCAAGUUUAUCUAGAGAAAAAAUGGGGGCAAGAUGGGCAUAUUUAGAACCUGAUUAAAUAUCCCGACCAGUGAAUAAUAACAGAUUUAUAUCAGACCUUGUUAUUCUGUUACAGCAGUUUUUUUAUAACUGCGGUUGUUAUAAAACAUGUACCAUUAGUAGUUAAAAUAACAAAAAUUGUAACAAAAUCUCUUCUAGUUUUAACAAAAAUAUUACUAAAUAUGUUAUUUAUUGAACAAAAAUAUAACUCGUUGUGUUACAUAAAAAGUGGAGAAAAUAGCUUAUACUAUAACAAAUUAUGUUCUUGAAAUGAUUAUGAUUAUUUAUAAUGUAGGCAAUUAACUUUGUUCAGCUGGUUCAACUUUGAAUGUAGGUUCAAGUUAUACUGAAGGUGGUACCUUCAUUUUCUUUCCAAUUCCUAUCUACCAAAAAUGUAGGCAAUUUUUUUUCGGUAAAAAUAAACAUAACACAUAAUGUUAUAAUCAUGUUAUGACGAUCAUAAAAUUUUUCUCUCCUCCAUUUAUGACAGAGAACUUAUAACAAAAUUAUUGCAAGUUUUGUUAUUUGUAACACAUAUUGAUAUAAUUGUGAUAAAAUUUUGUUAUGACUAACUGGUCGGGAUUAGUCAGUGCAUCAACAUAUAUUUGGUCCUUGUAAAAAUUUUGCUUUCUUAGACGCGAGCUUUCGUAAAUCUGAAAAUUUUAGCCGGAUUUUUUAAUGCUGUCAAUCAUAAUCAAACUCCAUAACAUUCCCAUUGGUAAAAAAAAACUCUAAAUUAUUUAAGAUGAAUGUUAGCUGCGUAUGUCAAUUCACCUUAAAUUCACCUUGUAUUUGCUCGAGCACGCUUGGACUUAAGAAAUACGCAAGGUAGAUAAUUGCUAAGCGUUACUCACAUUUUAUCACACGUACAUGCACACAUACAAACAUAAACAUAAUACAUCUAUUGAAAACAGUUAAAAUAUCAUACAAAAAGUAAAAUGGUAAAGUGUUCUCAUCUUGCCCAAUCCUGCCAUCCGAGAGUCACAUAAUUUAAUAUGCCUUAAAAUAAGAUAUGCAUUUUCAGAACCCGAUUUUGUCCAAUCUAAGGCAUUUUAUAUUGUAAUAAUUAAUACGGAUAAAACUACAGAAUGAAAUAAUAUUUAUGCUCUGUUUGAUGGAACCAAAUAUGUCCCUAGAAAUCUGUACUGAUAUACGAACAUAUUAAUAAAAAGUUUGUUUCAUAUUAUUAAGUCUUCUUACACACAAACCAUGCGAUAACUGCAACGCAUUUUAGACGACACACGGUUCUCAGUUGACGUCAGAUGCAAUAAAAGUGCAUCUGAUUGUGCAGCUUUAUGCAGCUGUUCAUUGUCUCAGACAGCUUUUUGAAGUUUAGCGGUCCGAUAUCUGUAAAAGUCAUUACUAUUGAAUAGCAACCGAAGAGCGGUAACAUAGCAACCUAGAAACAAGUUAUACAUAUAGUAGGCACUGUUAUACCAGAUAUUAAGUUAUUUCUUGAAAUAAAGAAGUAGUUAUCAAGAUGUCCGCAGAGAAAAAAAAUAUAAAGAAAUAAAGAAUUAAAGAAAAGCGACUCCAUUCAAGUCUUGUAGGCGAAAGGUAUGGUUCUGGCCAAUCGGCGUUUGCCUGUAAGAAUGCUGGAAUCAAAUGUUUCGGAUGUGGAAAGUUAGAGCACAAACGAGCAGAGGGCCCUGGAAAUCAUUCCGCUGGAAGAUUUGGGUCGACACGACCCCAACGAUUAACUGUUUAAUUGUUUGCCAUGAUGAGGACGAAAAAUAUUGCUUGGAUCUAGUAGUAAAAAUCAUGUUUUAGUCCCUUUUUUUUUUUGCUCCUUAGUUAGCUUUAAAUAUUAUAGUUAUAACAACUGCAUUGUAAAAUACUUCUUCAAGGUAGCCUUCUUGGGUAUCGGUUUGUUUUAAAUUUAACUUAAAACUAAUAAUUUGAUAACUUUAUACACUACAAAUUUACAACCUAGGAGGGACUAGCUCCCGGAUCACAUGCUGGUCGGAUGUCGACUCUUUACACUCGCCAAAGCGCUCGUGUAGUGUUUUUAUUCUGGUCGACGAUGAACCUAGUGUGUUGUCUUGGGAAAGGUGUUUAGAAUCGUCCGCUGGAAUCUGUUAUGGACCCGUCGUAGUAUGCCAUAUUCGACCACGGGUAGGACGAUUUGCUUGUAGACAGCAAGCUUAUUUUUCAGGGGAUAUGAUGACCGACGGUCAACGGGUACGGGUACAACUACUUUAACAAAACUUUACACUUUAUCACUGUUGCCGGAAAAUAAGCUUGCUGUCAAGUCAAGAUAUACGGCCUCAUUGGCCCAUUCCACUGUCGUGCCAUUGAGAAUGAAUUUGCAAUCCUUAACCGGAACAAGCCUAGAAGAUUUUGAGUCUGCCGCCUGGGUCUUCCCCUCAUUGAUACAGAUCGUCCAUCUUCCAGCUUCUGUGUACAGAGACAAAAUACCGCCUUCUGCAGGUUGUGUCAUGUCGCAGAUCCAAGGAUACUGCUUUGGGGUCGCUUGCGAUAGUGUCGUACGCAUAAGAACUCGCUCCUCUGAUUUUUUUACUUACUUAUGGAUCCUGUACACCUCCGGUGGUGCAAAGGGCCGACUUGAAAGAUCUCCAUCUUGAGCGUUGUCCGGCUAUCGCUUUAACCUGUUGCUAGGUUAGAUUUCGGUUUAUUUCUUUAUUGAGGCUUCGCCGCCAUGAGCCUCUGGGUCUGCCUCUGCUGCGUUGUCCCGCUGGGUUUCAGUCUAAUGCUUGUUUACAUAUUUCGUUUCCGCCCCUACGUAGAGUGUGGCCGACCCAGCCCCCCUUCCGAUCCCGAAUUUCUGUUGCUAUCGGCCUCUGGUGACAACGACGGUGGAGCUCGUUGUUUGAGAUCCAGUUGUGAGGCCACCAGGCCCGAAUUAUAUACCGCAGGCAUCUGUUAAUGAACACCUGCAGCCGCUGAGUGUUCUCCACUGAUACACACCAUGUUUCGCUAGCGUAUAACAGCACAGAUUCCACGUUAGAGUUGAAAAUUCGUAUUUUGGUGCGUUCACUUAUCUGCCUGUUUUUCCAGAUAUUUCUUAAACUCGCAAAGGCAGCCCUUGCUUUCUUUCUCCUUGCUUUCAAGAUUCUCCACUAGUUGCCCGUCUACUGUGAAUCUGGAAGGAAUCACCGUGUUUACAUCCAACGAUUUGGUUUUGUUGACGUUGAUGACUAAACCUGCCGAAGAGGAGCGCUCGGCUAGAUCGUUGAGCUUACUCUGCAUAUUAGAGCGCCGUUGCGCGAGGAGUGCAACGUCAUCAGCCAAUUCGAAGUCGUUUAGGUGCUCCAUGGUUAUAGGCUGCCAUAACAGCCCGCGGUUUGGUUCACGGUCAAUCGCAUCUACCAGAAUCUCAUCGAUUACGAUGAGGAACAGUAACGGUGAUAGAAUACAUCCUUGCCUCACACCAGCUAGGACCCGGAUAGGGUCGGAUAGGACCCCAUUGUGCAGCACUCUACACGAAAAGGCCUCGUACUGUGCUUCGAUGAGGCCGAUGAUCUUCUCAGGAACCCCCUUGCGUAUCAGAGCGCCCUACAUAUUCUCGUGAUUGAGACGGUCGAAAGCUUUUUCGUAGUCAAUGAAUACCAAGUAAAGGGACUCUUGGAAUUCGUUGACCUGCUCCAGAAUGAUGCGGAGCGUGACAAUAUGGUCCACACAGGAUCAUCCGGCACGAAAUCCGGCUUGCUGCCGCCGGAGAGUCGCAUCGAUCUUCUCCUGAAUCCGGGCUAGGAUAAUUUUACACAGAACUUUGAGAACGGUACACAGCAACAUAAUGCCUCGCCAGUUAUCGUAUACAGCCAGGUCACCCUUUUUGGGCACCUUCACUAAGAUACCUUGCAUCCAGUCGACCGGGAAAGUUGCGGUGCUCCAGAUAUUACGAAAUAAACGAUGCAGUAGUUGAACGCAUGUCAUAGGGUAAGCUUUGAGCAUCUCGGCUGAUAUGCGACCAACCCCUGGGGCUUUAUUCGAUUUCAUGUUUUGUAUGGCUGUUUGAAUCUCUAGCAGUGAUGGAGCUUCGGUAUUGACGCGUGUUAUACGUCGGAUCCUAGGCAGAUCAUGCCGAGGUGGUGAUGGCCUGGCUGGCACUUGAAAAAGUUGUUCGAAGUGCUCGAACCAGCGUUUCAGCUGGUCAGUUGGGUCGGUCAAUAACUGAUCAUUCGCGUCUUUCACAGGCAUCGUUGCAUUCAUCUUCGCCCCGCUUAAGCGUCGUGGGAUAUCGUAGAGGUGGCGAAUGUCCCCGGUUGUGGCGGCUCUCUCUCCUUCGUCGGCCAGAGAGUCUGCCCACGCUCGCUUGUCCCGUCGACAUGAGCGUUUUACUUCCUUCUCAAGAGCCGCGAAUCGUUGACGGGCUAAGACUUUGGCUUCUCUGGUUUUUGAUCGCUCUAUCGCGGCUUUGGCUUCUCUUUGCUCCUCUAUCUUCCACCAGGUCUCAUCGGUGAUCCAUUGUUUUCUUUGGGUGCGCAGUUCGCCCAGAUUGUUCUCGCUGGUGGCGAUGAAGGCAUUCUUGAUGGCGGUCCAUUGGUCUUCCACGCUGCUCCUCUGAUUGGGACUCGGAAGGUCCUAGCCGACUUUACAGUUUGUGCACAAGGACAGCAAGCCAAAUUUUGUCGAUUGUCUUUUCGGCAUCGAGUAAGACCAUGGCAGAGGCUUAAGAAACAGACUUAUUUCGUCCGAAGAUGGUGGUCAACUAGGGUCUGUACGUUAAUAGUUAAUCGAACGCGUUCCUUCAUGUUUUUGAUGACUUGAUAUAAGUUUUCAAUUCGUUAGCUGGAAUGUCCAACCCCUCUGAGAAGUGUUGGCAGUUAAAUGGAUGUUGUUCACACGCUCAUCAACGGCCGCUUCAUGUGGACUGGCGAUGUUCUGUCCAAGAUUGUACGAGCUGGCGAAAUUAUUUCUAAGGUCCAUCAUUCUGGCCUGGGAAAUUUUUCUCAUGCGAUUGCCACGUGUCUUAAUCGAAAACAGCCCAGUACUCCGGUACUGCUUGCAAGGGUCAUUUCGCAGGCAAAUCAAAUCUUUGAUAAGUAUAUCAAUUGUUAGGGCGUUACUAACUUAACGAGUCGUUCACAGUGGGGAAUAUCCGACCCAAAAACUUACAUAUGUUUUGCAGCUAAUUUCUGCGUCGGAAAAAUAUCUUUCCUCAAGGCAAAAUCCACGACAAAUUGAAUGGUGUUAUUUUCAUUCGCAGGAAAUUAUGGGAACUGGACAUUUUGCUCCAUUUACCCCCAAAAUCCAUUUUUUUUUUCUAUGACGGCUAUAAUUUAACAUCGAUUGCUGCUGAUUAUUUCUAUGUUUUCUGAUGCUUAUUCAGUAAAUUCGAAUGGUAUAAAUUCCGGCCUUGGAUAAUGUCUGGAAGUGGCCAUUUUGCCCCAUUUUCCCCCGAAAAUCGUUUUUUAUGGCGAUUACAAUUUAAAAUCGAUUGUGGCUAAUUAUUUCUAUAUUUUUUAUGCUAAAUUAGUAGAAAGUACGUAUGGUAUAUAUUCCGGCCUAGGAUCAUGACUGCCACCAAUCUCAAAUCCUGAAUUGUUGCAUGUAGUAUGGAUUGAUUGAAGGUGAAACAUUGCACUUACCUCGGGUUUUAAGUGGGUUUCGGUGAUGAACGCAACGUCGAUAUCCUUCUCCUCGAGGAAAUCGCUAAGCUCAAUCAUUUUGCUCUUGAGUUAGAAGUUGGUCUAGUUGACCAGACCCACGCUAUUAGCCAUCCUCAAACAGCACACCUGUCUUUUUUUUUUUUUUUUUUUUUACAAGGGAGAAUGCAUUUACACACUAACCCAGUACACGUGCAUUGUAGUUGCCAAACUACCACACGGAAGUGUACUGGAGUGUCGGACUCGACCAUACCGGUAAUACCGACUAAACUCCCUUGGGUUCCACCAUCGUUUCCCCCAGGAACUACCUCGCAGUACUACUUCUGGGGGGACGGCAGUACUAAGCGUACUCGCUCAUUAUCGCUCACACAGGCACUCGUCCCACGCGAGACUGACUUGGGUGCUUGCACACCAUUCACUCCAUUUGAGUCUUACUUGGAUGCUCUCCCGGACGCUCCGCUGCCAUGCCUCGAGGUGUCAAUAGCGGUAACUGCCUGGGCCUACAGAUAUUGCGCUACGACACUCCUGCCUCAGCACGAGCAGAUCAGUCACACCACUGCCGAAGCAGACCACACGCUACCCUGCCGAAGCAGGGACACUCCCCAUGCACCACAUGUGCACAACUGUAGGUGUGUGGGUACAACCCACUGCUACCCUGCCGCCGAAGCAGCUUCUCCAAAGACCAUUCGCUCCAUGUGACCCUUGUUCGGGUGCUCACUCUAACACUCCACUGCCAUGCCUCGAGGUGUCGAGAAGGUACCUCGACUCCUACCUCAGCAUGUGCAGUCCAUACUCAGACUUCUGCUGCGCUUCGAGGUGUCGAUAGCGGUAACUGCCUGGGCCUACAGAUAUUACGCUACGACACUCCUGCCUCAGCACGAGCAGAUCAAUCACACCACUGCCUAAGCAGACCACGCGCUACCCUGCCGAAGCAGGGACACUCCCCAUGCACCACAUGUGCACAACUGUAGGUGUGUGGGUACAACCCACUGCUACCCUGCCGCCGAAGCAGCUUCUCCAAAGACCAUUCGCUCCAUGUGACCCUUAUUCGGGUGCUCACUGUAACACUCCACUGCCAUGCCUCGAGGUGUCGAUAGCGGUAUGUAGGGACGAAUCAACGAUACUACGCUACGACACUCCUACCUCAGCAUGUGCAGUCCAUACUCAGACUUCUGCUGCGCUUCGAGGUGACAAUAGCGGCGACACGCUAUGACACUCCUGCCUCAGAUCAACAACCAGAUCACUCACUCCCUGCCGAAGCAGCUCACGCGCUACCCUACCGAAGUAGGUACACUCCACAACUCACUCUAACACUCCACUGCCAUGCCUCGAGGUGUCGAUAGCGGUAUGUAGGGACCAAUCAACGAUACUACGCUACGACACUCUUACCUUAGCAUGUGCAGUCCAUACUCAGACUUCUGCUGCGCUUCGAGGUGACAAUCGCGGCGGCGCGCCGCUAUGACCCUGCUGCCUCAGAACAAACAGAUCACUCACUCCCUGCCGAAGCAGCUCACGCACUACCCUACCGAAGUAGGGACACUCCACAUGCCAAUUGGCACUCCGUGGGCUUGUGCUUUUGAAGCGGCACACAGUCGCUUUGAUAGAGUCCGCUUACGGGCACUUGUGGUUUUUUGGGAGGGAUUUUAGCAGAGCCCACUGCUAAAUCCCACCACGCCCUAGGCAGUUCUCCCUGACUCGCAGACAGCUGGGGAGGGGUCGUCAAGCCCUUGGACAUGGUCCAUGCUGUCCCUGCUGUCCCUGCUGCCCCCUCAUUUUGUCUCAAUUAAGAGUUUGGGGGGUUUUUGUCUCGGUAAGAGCAAAUUUUGUUUUGUCUCAUUUAAGAGCUUUGUUUUGUCCCGUGUACGGAGGAACAGGCCGUUUUACCUAGUAUGGAAGCAGACUACCUCACACCUGUCUUUAUGAUUAGUUAUUGUGACCUAUGUACGAUCAAAUGCAGUCAUAUAUGAGUUCCUGUGACCAAUGCGGUCUAUAUUGUGCUACUGAGGUUUUUAAUGACGAAAAGGCCCAGAGUGUAAGUUUGGUCGAAACGAGAUUUGCAGCUUCGUAGACGAGCUGCAACUUGGCAAAAAUCGGAGUCAGCUGUUCCGGCGUGUAGAUGACCUGAUAACCUCGAUUUGCUUGAACUCAUUGAAACUAGUAAAACCGCGCUUCAGUGUACGAGAUACUGAUCACGGUGAAUUCGGAUUUGUCAUGCCGAGCGAUCGAAGGCAUUGGAAGGCUUGCGUCAACUAUUCUCAGAGCUUCUUCAGGUCCUUUACGUCGACGUCGUUGAAGCCACGCAGCAAGACUCUUAGUAACUUGCUACCAGGGGCAUCAUGCGUGUAAUACUGGUAACGCUUGGCGUUUAGGUACCCCAGCACUUUCGCUCUCAUCUUAGGUACCACAGUGAUACUUGCCAUCGCUCAUCAGUUCUACAUCUUCGACACAGAGGCGGAAGGUGCAUUUAAGUCCCCGAGCGAUCAGUUUCCACAGGUCGGGACGCAAGACCGUCUUUGCUCUUUGAACCCAGUUCAGUGUGCACUGGGUUUGUACGCAAGCAAAACGACCAUGGUAACUAAGAUUCUCUAGAUUUGGAAGCAUGAUUUUGAGCAAGCUUGAUUUCUAUCCGUUUGAUGCCCACGUGUUCCAUUACUAGCCGAAAAAUGUGUAGCAUGCCGUCGCUUGAGUUUGUUUUCCUAGGAAACUAGUGGCUAAGUUAGGUAGUGCAGUGUGUAGUGUUCAGAACGUUUUGGAAGAAAGCUGUCUGUUUUAAAUAGUUUUACGGUCAGAUUUAAUCCGGGAGUUAGAAAGUGCUAGCUCUAAUGCAGCUCCAGUGACCCAUUUCAGACCGAUUGGUAUUUCAUGACCAGUCCGAGGUCACUUUUGCUUACAACAAGCCCCGCCUAUUUCUGCUACCAUUAUUAAUUGGAUAAUGCAUCUUCAUAAUAAGCAAACUUCCGGAUUAUUCAAUCCAGCGCGUAUUUAAUUUUGAUAUAGGAAGCAGGAAAGGGGCUCCCAUGAAGCUUCCACAUUAUACACAUUUUUGCACGUAAAUUGCAUUGAAUGAAUCACAAAACCGAACUUUUUUCAUCAGAACACUCGCGCACGUUGCGGUAUACCUAUCCGGAAGUUCAAGAAACCUAAAACCAGAAAAAAUCCUUAGCACCAACCGAAAUAAAAACUUUACGAUAUCAAAGACAAAAAUUUGCUGUCAGAAAAUCGAACACAACCGACCGCAGGCAAGGCUUACUUCGAUCCCGGGUUAAUCUUAACAAAAAUCGGCGGGCACUUCUUCUUCCGGAUCGCACACACAAAUGAAAACUAGCCAGAGACAAUCAAUUAACACGUCGAGCACACAAACUUUUUGAAUUGAUUUAUUGGAUCCUUGUCUCUGGCGCAACAUUCCUGUGG